AGCCACAAGCAAUGACACUUCCGUGGCCACCUCGUAUAGCAUCAUACGCCUCAUGUUAUGUUGUUAUGUUAUGUUAUGGUAAUGGCACUCCCUAACGCACCCAAACAUUAUUUUUUGGUUCCUUUUUUCCUCUCUCUUCCUGCAACUCGAACAUUAAACUCAGCAUGGCUAGGCACACACUGAGACCAGACAAUUCCUGCUUCUUCUCACGCACCCCUUUUAUCAGAACGACCUCGUUUCAACCUUUUCACUUCCACCUCUCACCUUCCAACCUCACCCUCAGGCUCAGAGUAGCUUCUAACGCUUCUCAACAAAAUGUCAAAGAAACCCACGCUGUGUCCAAGGCCAAGGCCAAGGCCAAGGCUCUCACGGACCUUGAAGUGGAGAAGCAACAUGAGAACUUGUCUGGGAACUGGCCGCCUUGGAAGAAUCUUCCCCAAAGAUACAAGAUCAUCGGCACCACUUCACUCGCCUUCAUUAUUUGUAACAUGGAUAAGGUGAACUUGAGUAUUGCCAUAAUCCCAAUGUCUCAUCAAUUUGGGUGGAACUCAUCAACGGCAGGAUUGGUUCAGUCCUCCUUCUUCUGGGGCUAUGCGUUGAGUCAAUUGCCAGGGGGUUGGCUAGCCAAAAUAUUUGGUGGCGGAGCUGUUCUUGAGGUUGGAGUAUUGAUAUGGUCGGUGGCUACAGCACUUGUUCCUUUUCUUGUUGGAUAUAUGCCUGGCUUACUAUUGUCAAGGGUUUUGGUUGGGAUAGGCGAAGGUGUUUCACCAUCUGCUGCUACUGAUCUCAUUGCCAGGUCAAUACCAUUGGAAGAGCGCUCACGGGCAGUUGCAUUUGUGUUUGGUGGUUUGAGCGUUGGAAGUGUUAUGGGGCUUCUUUUGGCUCCUCCCCUUAUCCAAAAUCUUGGUUGGGAAUCAGUAUUCUAUAUAUUUGGUCUUUUGGGGAUUGCUUGGUUUUUGGGGUUUCAAGUUCUUGAAGGAGGUGAAACAGAAUCAAAUGCAGAAUCUCUUUCAUCUUCCCAAGAUACCAUGACACAGUCAUGGAAAACUUCUCUGGGAGAAUUGAAUGGCUCUCUGAAGGAUGUACCAUGGAAGGCCUUUUUCCAAAAUCGUGCUGUGUGGGCAAUGAUAUAUGCUCAUUUCUGUGGUAGUUGGGGUCACUAUAACUGUUUAUCAUGGCUUCCCACAUUUUUUAGUGAGGAGCUGAAUCUAAAUCUGACGGAGGCUGCAUGGGUGUCUAUUCUUCCCCCACUGGCUUCAAUAUUUGUGACUAGUCUUGCAGCACAAUUAGCUGACAACUUGAUUUCAAGAGGAGUUGAAACCACUGUGGUUCGAAAGAUCUGCCAAUCAAUUGCAUUUUUGUCCCCUGCAAUCUGCAUGACUCUUUCCUCACUGGAUCUAGGGUUACCGCCUUGGGAGAUUGUGGGGAUUCUCACAGGUGGUUUAGCGCUCUCAAGCUUUGCCUUAUCAGGACUCUAUUGCACCCAUCAAGACAUGUCACCAGAAUAUGCAAGUAUACUUCUGGGUAUAACUAAUACUGUUGGGGCUAUUCCUGGCAUUGUUGGUGUAGCCCUCACUGGCUAUCUUCUUGAUUCAACUCAUUCAUGGAGUAUAUCACUAUUUGCACCAUCAAUCUUCUUCUACGUGACUGGCACCAUCGUAUGGUUGGUGUUCGCGAGUAGUAAGCCUCAAAGUUUUUCUGAGCAAAACUGAUUCAUGCGAAGCAGAUUUUUGACACGGGGUUACAUCCGCUUGUUAUACAAAUCAGAUAAUUUAAGUACAAAGAAAUGAUAGUAUAGGUACAUUGUUGUAUGUAUUCUUGUUUUUUAACUGUAGCCUAUUGUAGCAAAUAGCAAUUGUAUAUUUUUAAUAGAUGAUAGCAUGGUGGUUGGUCACCAAAAAAUGUAUUGACGUGUUUAAAUCCUUUCAAGUCAAGAAUCAGUUUCUUACCAACUUUUGGAGCUCUAA